CAGGCUGUGAGGGGGGUUUGGCAACCUCCCUUAUCACCCAAGGUCCCUGGAUAACAGGUGGGUGGCUCUCGGGCCUCUCUGGAUGGGCGGGGCCAGAGGGGCUGGGCGGGGCCUGUGGAGUCCCAGGCGCUAUAAAAGGAGCCCCAGGGGCAGGUGCCCCGCAUUGUCCUGACUGCAGCGACAUGGUGUUUCUCUGGUUCCUCUCCUGCUUCACCCUCGUGGGGGCCUCCUUCAGCUGUGGGGUCCCCACCAUCCAACCCGUGCUGAGUGGCCUGUCCAGGAUUGUCAAUGGGGAGGACGCUGUCCCUGGCUCCUGGCCCUGGCAGGUGUCCCUACAGGACAGCACCGGCUUCCACUUCUGCGGGGGCUCCCUCAUCAGUGAGGACUGGGUGGUCACCGCUGCCCACUGUGGGGUCACAACCUCUGAUGUGGUUGUGGCCGGAGAGUUUGACCAGGGCUCAGACGCUGAGGACAUCCAGGUCCUGACGAUUGCCAAGGUUUUCAAGAACCCCAAUUUCAGCUUGCUCACUGUCCUCAACGACAUCACCCUGCUGAAGCUGACCACGCCCGCCCGCUUCUCCCAGACCGUGUCGGCCGUGUGCCUGCCCAGCGCCGACGACGACUUCCCCGCCGGGAUGCUGUGCGCCACCACCGGCUGGGGCAAGACCAGGUACAACGGUGAGCCGGCCCCGCCCUCUCCACCCUCCAGCACCCUGCCCAUCAUAUCCAAUGAAGAUUGUAAGAAGUACUGGGGCAGCAAGAUCACGGACGUGAUGAUCUGCGCGGGCGCCAGCGGCGUCUCCUCCUGCAUGGGCGACUCUGGUGGUCCCCUGGUCUGCCAGGAGGAUGGAGGCUGGACCCUGGUGGGCAUUGUGUCCUGGGGCAGCAGCGUCUGCUCCACGUCCACGCCUGCUGUGUAUGCUCGUGUCACCGUGCUCAUCCCCUGGGUUCAGGAGAUCCUAGCCAACAACUGAGUCUGUGGCUCUGGCCAUCCCAACCCCAAGGGUCCCCAAUAAAACCAACUGUACAGAAACACUGUGUACACAUCUCCCUGUGUGGCCUGGACUAUGUGGGACUGCAGUCCUCCCUGUCACCCACCAAGGGGUCAGUGUUACUGCUCCC